AUGGAUAAAUUGUCUCAAAUGAAAAACAACUUGUUCAAGUUCUUGCCAAAUCAACCCUUAGCUUCUUUUCAAAACCCUAAUCUGAGUCCUAGUGGAAGUGUUACCCCAGGGGCAGGUCGAACACCAACACAUAGGGUCUCAAUUGUUCCCAAAGAAGCUCGAAGAAGGCACAAAACUGAAAGUUUUAGUGGAUGGGAGCCCAAUUCGCCCAAGGUGUCUUGUAUGGGCCAAGUGAAGAGCAAGAAGAAGAGAAAGGCCCAUGAACAGAUAAAGGUUCAAACACAAGAGAGUGAAAAUAAGAGGUUUUUGCGUUGGAUUUUCAUGAGAAAUGGUGAGGGCACAAAAGAAAGUGGGAAUUUGGAAGAGAAGGCAUCAACCACAGAGGUAGCUCCAUCGUUGGGUACAAUGAAGAAAUUUGCAAGUGGGCGAGAAGGAUCAUUGCGUGAUUUCGAUGUCGCACUUAUGGAAAGGUAA